AUGAAAGUCUCCCCAACAUCCAAGCUUGUGCUCAACUACCUUGCGCUUCCAAUGGGCCUUGGUGGUCGAGGAGGAGCCCUCCGUUUCUUCCUUUUGUCCCAAGACAUUCCUUUCGAGGAGAACCUCUUUGCGAUGGGCGAGGACUGGGCAGCUGAAAAGAAGCGCUUGAUCGCCAGUGGGGAGAAUCCUUCUUCAAAGACUCCUGUUGUCUAUGCCGAUGGCACACCACUGCCGGAACAUAUUGCCACUGGCCGAUUGCUGGCACAUGUUCAUGAAUGUGCAUCGCCAGAUUUGUACAAGAACUAUGUCCAAGAUUUGGUUGCCGACGAAUACCAAGGCUUUCGUGACGCCUGGGUUCACCAUGCAUUCAGUGCGUCGGACGAGGAGAAGGCCGUGUACAAAAGUGAAGGCUUGCCACAGAAGCUAGAGCAGUUUGAUGCGCUCUAUGGGUGCUUCAAAACUCAUGAUAUCUUCCUCAGUAUCAGUGAUAAGACGGAUCGACCACUUUGGGGAGAUGCCGCUUGCUUUGGAUUGUUGCGCGACAACAUUCUUACUGGCAUGAUGAGCCGAGAAGACCUCUCGAAUUACAAGAAGUUGGAUGCAAUGUAUGCUGCAUAUGAAAAGAUCCCAUCUGUCGAAAAGUGGUUAGCUAGCACAAUUAAUUAG